AUGGCACAGGUGGACCCGCAGGAUGGACAGGGUGAGGCAUCUCCUCUCUGCAGCUAUGACCCCCGGAUGCUACGCAUGAACUUGGAGAGUGAGGAUGAGGACCAUGGACAGGCAGGAGACAAAGAGGGCACUGGUGACACUCGUCAGUGGGCCCAUUCAAGGCUCAGCUCCCAAGGGACUCAGGACAAAACUGACUUGCCACGGCAGCAUCCGUUCCACAAAAAGGAAGAGAAAUUCUCUGACUCCUUUAGUGCAGGAGUCGUGGGGAAGAAACCCAUGGCAAUGCCUAGGAAGAAGGCCAGCUGGGAAAGAGACGAGUCAAAGAUCACCCUGACUCAGGACUCCCCCAGAGCAAGCACAACUCCCAGUGGCCUCCCCAGCAGCUUCUCACACAAGGGGUUCGGUCAGGUGCAACCUCCUAGGGACCCAUUACCUGCUGGCAAUGAUGGAGACUGGAGGGCAAACCUGGACACUGCUCUAGGUAUCCCAUCCAACUUCCCUGGUUCUGGAAGAUAUUUCUGUGCACAGAAAGGGGUAGACAAGUCCCCAGACAGCUCCUCUCCAGCUUGUGUCCCCAAGGCGGCGGGCAGUUGGGUCCCCUCCACGCAGGAGACACAUAUACCAGCCCAGGGGUCGGCCACCCCAGCCAACCUGGCAGCGGAGGCGCUGGCCAAAGUGCGGAAGGGCUUUAAGGACCAGAACCCGGCGGGCGCCGGGGAGGGCGGGCAGAGGGAGGCGUGUCCCCACAAGCGCCGGUGGGGCGGGCAGGCCUUCCAGAAGCCGCCUGGCGCCAAGCCUUACGCGUGCGAGCUGUGCGGGAAGGUGUACUCCCACCGGGGCACUCUCCAGCAGCACCAGCGCGUGCACUCGGGCGAACGACCCUACCGGUGCCCCUUCUGCGACAAAGCCUACACGUGGUCCUCGGACCACCGCAAGCACAUCCGCACGCACACGGGCGAGAAACCCUACCCUUGCCCGGACUGCGGCAAGGCCUUCGUGCGCUCCUCCGACCUGCGCAAACACCAGCGCAACAUGCACAGCAACGACAAGCCCUUCCCGUGUGCCGAGUGCGGCCUGACCUUCAACAAGCCGCUGUCGCUGCUGCGCCACCAGCGCACGCACCUGGGCGAGAAGCCCUUCCGCUGCCCCACCUGCGACCGGCAGUUCGCCGUGGCCAGUCGGAUGAUGGAGCACCAACGCGUGCACUCGGGCGAGCGGCCCUUCCCCUGCCCCACCUGCGGCAAGUGCUUCACCAAAUCCUCCAACCUGAUCGAGCACCAGACGCUGCACACGGGCCAGAGGCCCUUCAAGUGCGCCGACUGCGGCGUGGCCUUUGCGCAGCCCUCGCGCCUCGCGCGCCACCAGCGCAUCCACACGGGCGAGAGGCCCUUUCCUUGCGCGCAGUGUGGCCAGGCCUUUGCGCGCUCCUCCACCCUGAAGCGGCACCAACAGAUCCACUCCGGGAAGAAGGGCUUCCUCUGCGCCGAGUGCGGCAGGGCUUUCCGCAUUGCCUCGGAGCUGGCCCAGCACAUUCGGGUGCACAACGGGGAGAGGCCCUACCAGUGUGAGGACUGCGGCCAGGCCUUCACCCGCUCCAACCACCUCCAACGACACCGAGCCAAGCACCGCAGCUGCAAGAAGGAGCCCAUCCCCCCCUCCUCCUCGGACGAGUGA